GUGACGCGUGGGACGCCGAGGCGGGAAUCCGAGUGCGUGAGGUUGCCGCUGUCGCUCGGCUGGCUCUUUACGUCCCCGGAGGGCAGCCCCCGGUCGGCCUCCACCCCUGUGUGCCUCCCGUUCAGGAAACCCGUGUGGAAGGCUCCCGCCACAGCCGCUGCCCUGGUUGGCCCUUGCUCUGCGGACCUUUUUGGCCUCCCGUGGCUCCUCGGUCCCUCGCUCGCCCAGGAGCCAGGCCCUGGUGUUUGCAAACAUGUCCCGGAUCGAAAAGAUGAGCAUUCUGGGCGUGCGGAGUUUUGGAAUAGAGGACAAAGAUAAGCAAAUUAUCACUUUCUUCAGCCCGCUCACAAUUUUGGUUGGACCCAAUGGGGCGGGGAAGACGACCAUCAUAGAAUGUCUAAAAUAUAUUUGUACUGGAGAUUUCCCUCCUGGAACCAAAGGAAAUACAUUUGUUCAUGAUCCCAAGGUUGCUCAAGAAACAGACGUGAGAGCCCAGAUUCGUCUACAGUUUCGUGAUGUCAAUGGAGAAUGUAUAGCUGUGCAGCGAUCUAUGGUGUGUUCUCAGAAGAGCAAAAAGACAGAAUUUAAAACCUUGGAAGGCAUCAUUUCCAGAAUAAAGCAUGGUGAAAAGGUCAGUCUCAGCUCUAAGUGUGCAGAAAUUGACCGAGAAAUGAUAAGUGCUCUUGGGGUUUCUAAAUCUGUGCUAAACAAUGUCAUUUUCUGUCACCAAGAAGACUCUAAUUGGCCUUUAAGCGAAGGAAAGGCUCUGAAGCAAAAGUUUGAUGAAAUUUUUUCUGCAACAAGGUAUAUCAAAGCCUUGGAAACACUCCGUCAGGUACGUCAGGCGCAAGGUCAGAAAGUGAAAGAAUGUCAAACAGAACUGAAAUACCUGAAGCAAAACAAGGAAAAAGCUUGUGAAAUUCGUGAUCAGAUUACUAGUAAGGAGGCCCAAUUAAUGUCUUCAAAGGAAAUCAUCAAAUCCUAUGAAAAUGAACUUGAGCCAUUGGAGAAUCGUCUAGAAGAAAUUGAGCAUAAUCUCUCUAAAAUAAUGAGACUUGAUAAUGAAAUUAAAGCCUUGGAAAGCCGAAAAAAGCAAAUGGAGAAAGAUAACAGUGAACUAGAACAGAAAAUGGAAAAGGUUUUUCAAGGUACUGAUGAGCAACUUAAUGACUUAUAUCACAAUCAUCAGAGAACAGUAAGGGAGAAAGAAAGGAGAUUAGUAGACUGUCAGCGUGAACUGGAUAAAUUAAAUAAAGAAUCUAGGCUUCUCAAUCAAGAAAAGUCAGAACUACUUGUUGAACAAGGCCGCCUACAGCUACAAGCAGAUCGGCAUCAAGAACAUAUCCAAGCUAGAGAUUCGUUAAUUCAGUCAUUGGCAACACACCUGGAAUUGGAGGGCUUUGAACAUGGACCAUUCAGUGAUAGACAGAUUAAAAAUUUUCACAGACUAGUGAGAGAGAGACAAGAACAGGAAGCAGAAACUGCUAAGAAGCUGAUGAAUGACUUUGAAGAAAAAGAAACUCUGAAACAAAAACAGAUAGAUGAGAUAAGAGAUAAGAAAACAGGACUUGGAAGAAUAAUGGAGCUAAAAUCAGAAAUCCUAAGUAAGAAGCAAAAUGAGCUGAAAAGUGUGAAGUAUGAAUUACAACAGUUGGAAGGAUCUUCAGACAGGAUUCUUGAACUGGACCAGGAGCUCACAAAAGCUGAACAUGAGUUAAGCAAGGCUGAGAAAAACAGCAAUAUAGAAACCCUAAAAACAGAAGUGAUAAACCUUCAGAAUGAGAAAGCAGACCUAGACAGGACCUUGCGUAAAUUGGACCAGGAGAUGGAGCAGUUAAAUCAUCACACAACAACCCGUACCCAGAUGGAGAUGCUAACUAAAGACAAAGCUGACAAAGAUGAACAAAUCAGAAAGAUAAAAUCUAGGCAUAGUGAUGAGUUAACUUCACUCUUGGGGUAUUUUCCUAACAAAAAACAGCUUGAAGAUUGGCUUCAUAGUAAAUCAAAAGAAAUUAAUCAGACCAGGGAUAGACUCGCCAAAUUGAACAAGGAACUAGCUUCAGCUGAGCAAAAUAAAAAUCAUAUAAGUAAUGAGCUAAAAAGAAAGGAAGAACAGUUGUCCAACUAUGAAGACAAGCUAUUUGAUGUUUGUGGUAGCCAGGAUUUUGAAAGUGAUUUAGACAGGCUUAAAGAGGAUAUUGAAAAAUCUUCAAAACAGCGAGCUAUGCUGGCUGGAGCCACAGCAGUUUACUCUCAGUUCAUUACUCAGCUAACAGAUGAAAACGAGUCAUGUUGCCCUGUCUGUCAGAGAGUUUUUCAAACAGAGGCUGAAUUACAAGAAGUCAUCAGUGAUUUGCAAUCUAAGCUGCGGCUUGCUCCUGAUAAACUCAAGUCAACAGAGUUAGAGCUAAAGAAAAAAGAAAAGCGUCGAGAUGAAAUGCUGGGGCUUGUGCCCAUGAGCCAAAACAUAAUUGAUUUGAAGGAGAAGGAAAUACCAGAAUUAAGAAACAAACUGCAGAAUGUCAACAGAGACAUACAGCGCCUAAAGAAUGACAUAGAAGAACAGGAAACACUCUUGGGUACAAUAAUGCCUGAGGAAGAAAGUGCGAAAGUAUGUCUGACAGAUGUUACAAUUAUGGAGAGGUUCCAGAUGGAACUUAAAGAUGUUGAAAGAAAAAUUGCACAACAAGCAGCUAAACUACAGGGAAUAGAUUUGGAUCGAACUGUUCAACAAGUAAACAAGGAAAAACAAGAAAAACAACACAAGUUAGAUACAGUUUCCAGUAAGAUUGAAUUGAAUCGUAAGCUUAUACAGGACCAGCAGGAACAAAUACAACACUUAAAAAGUACCACAAAUGAACUUAAAUCAGAGAAACUUCAGAUAGCCACUAAUUUGCAGCGUCGUCAGCAGCUUGAGGAGCAAACUGUGGAAUUAUCCACUGAAGUUCAGUCUUUACACAGAGAGAUAAAGGAUGCUAAAGAGCAAGUAAACCCUUUGGAAACAGCGUUGGAAAGGUUCCAACAAGAAAAAGAAGAAUUAGUCAACAAAAAACAAGCGAGCAACAAAAUGGCACAGGAUAAACUGAAUGAUAUCAAAGAGAAGGUUAAAAAUAUUCAUGGCUAUGUGAAAAACAUAGAGAAUUAUGUUCAGGAUGGAAAAGAUGACUAUAAGAAGCAAAAAGAAACUGAACUUAAUACAGUAAUAGCUCAACUAAGUGAAUGUGACAAACAAAAAGAAAAGAUAAAUAAAGAAAUGGGAACCAUGAGACAAGAUAUUGAUACACAGAAGAUACAAGAAAGGUGGCUACAGGAUAACCUUACUUUAAGAAAAAGAAAUGAGGAACUAAAAGAAGUUGAAGAAGAGAGAAAACAACGUUUGAAAGAAAUGGGUCAAAUGCAGGUUUUGCAGAUGAAAAGUGAACAUCAGAAGUUAAAAGUGAACCUUGAUGAUAUAAAAAGAAAUCGCGAUUUGGCAUUGGGGCGACAGAAAGGUUAUGAGGAAGAAAUUAUUCGUUUUAAGAAAGAACUCCGAGAACCUCAGUUUCGGGAUGCUGAAGAAAAGUAUAGAGAAAUGAUGAUUGUCAUGAGAACAACAGAGCUUGUGAACAAGGAUCUGGACAUUUAUUAUAAGACCCUUGACCAAGCAAUAAUGAAAUUUCACAGUAUGAAAAUGGAAGAAAUCAAUAAAAUUAUUCGUGAUCUUUGGCGGAGUACCUAUCGUGGACAAGAUAUUGAAUACAUAGAAAUCCGCUCUGAUGCUGAUGAGAAUGUAUCAGCCUCUGAUAAAAGGCGGAAUUAUAAUUACCGAGUGGUGAUGCUGAAAGGAGAUACAGCCUUGGAUAUGCGAGGACGAUGCAGUGCUGGACAAAAGGUGUUGGCCUCCCUCAUCAUCCGCCUGGCACUGGCUGAAACAUUCUGCCUGAACUGUGGCAUCCUUGCUUUGGACGAGCCAACGACCAAUCUUGACCGAGAAAACAUUGAAUCCCUUGCACAUGCUCUGGUUGAGAUAAUAAAAAGUCGCUCACAGCAGCGUAACUUCCAGCUUCUGAUAAUCACUCACGAUGAAGAUUUUGUGGAGCUCCUGGGACGUUCUGAAUAUGUGGAAAAAUUCUACAGAAUUAAGAAGAACAUCGAUCAGUGUUCAGAGAUUGUGAGAUGCAGUGUUACCUCCCUGGGAUCCUACGUUCAUUAGCUCCUUGCUCCUAGUAUCAGCUGAACCUACUGGUAAUACAUUGUUUAAAAGGAACCUUCUGUCAGGAUGUUUGAGAGGUUCUAAGGUGAUGGAAAUUGUUUUACCUGAGAUCUGACUGAUCCCCUGUAUCUCGUCCCCUGUGAGCAGCCUGCAGGACUCAGCAGCAGCACAGCUAGACCUGGCCCCUCUGCUUCCGAGUCCAGGAGUGUGUGGCUCUUCAGCAGAGGCUCCCUGCUCUAACCCCUGCUAAAUAGUGUAUCUGAAUGCAUUUCCUUGCAUGUGGGUUUUUUUUUUUGGUACCGGGGAUCAAACUCGGGUCCUUGCACUUGGGAGGCAGGCGGUGGAAUCACUGAGCUAAAUCCCCAGCCCCUUAAAUUUGCAAAGAGGUGGUUUUUUUGGUACCGGGGAUCGAACUCAGGUACUUCUGCUUGCAAGGCAAGCAACGGAACCACUAAGCUAAAUCCCUGGCCCUCCUUGCAUGUGUUUAAAGACCUGAGUUAUCAGUGAUCAUUAAUGUCUGGCCCCGAUUUAACCUUAUAAAUCCCUGCAAGUGACCGCUCUGUCUUGGCUUUGGCUUUAUCACCUAAAAUCCGAAGUAGCUGAACGGGAGUCUCAAGGUUUGAUGGGAAUCUUAAAUAAUCAUCUAAUGAACCCUCACCAUCUUUCCUCCCCACACAUCUCUACUGGUCAUCCCAACUCAAGGCUCAGAGUGGGGAAAGGAAAUUGCCCACUCGAAGCCCUGUCCAUCUUCUGUCUCCCGCGAAUCGGCUCAGCCUCACCCUCAAUUCCAGCUGCUCUACAAGGGCAGGUGCUGGUGUGGAAGCUGAGCCAGGCCCCCCUCGCAGUGCUCCAGUCGACCUGGAAGAGCAGGCCUCUCCUUUUCGCUCCAGACACCAAUUCAGAUGAAGCCCAGGCAACAAUUUGCCCUGAAAUUGUUGGCUAGCCUCUUGCACGCAUUCUAUACAAGGAACAAUCAAGUCAUCCACUUUUGAGUUCCACUGUGGAGUUUUGUCAUUCAAAGUGAGUCACCCUGGCUCAGUUUCAGUGUCUAAACAGCUUCUCCCAGCUAGAGUCUGGAAGAGGAUCAUGCCCCUAGGGCGUAGGUAUGUAUGCAGGGCUCAAUAGUGGCCUGCAGUGAUACAGAGGUCCUCAUUCCUGGACCUGUCAAUGUUACUUUAUACAGCAAAGGGGACUCUGAAGACGUGAUAAAGCUGUGGAUCUUGAGAUACAAAGAUUACCCUAGUGGGUCCUAAAGGUAAUCAUUAAUACCCCCAAUGACAGUGGUGGAUGUUGGGGUGAGGAGUGGGUGCAGACUGGUGUGAUCACAUUGAUGACAGAGGAAGGGGCCACAAGCCAAGGGAUAUGGGCAACCAGAAAUGAAAAAGCUGAAGCAGCAAUUUCCCCUCAGCCUGUAGGAGGAGCCAGCCCUGCUGACACCUAGAUUUGAGCUCACUGAUAACGAUUUUGGACUUCAGGUCUCCAGCACAUUAAGAAAAUAAAUUUGUGUUAAACUGCUGCAUUUAUGUUAAUUUAUUACAGCAGCACUAAGAAACAUAGUAUCCUUUGUGUCUAAUCAGUUUCUCUGCAUCUAAAAUAGUACUAGUUAUGCACUGUCCUUGAGAGCUGAGAAGGGUUGCUGACUCAGCUCAUGCUGUGUUCAGCAGUUCACAUGAAGAAGCCUGGUUGCAAAUGGGGUUCCAGGGGCUGCCCCCAGGCCCAUUUGGGGUGGGCCAAGUGUAGGACCACCACUCCAGCUACCUGGUCUUGUGUGCUCCAAGGCCACUCUCAUGAUAAUGUCCAGUCAUGCUAGUUAGCUUUGACAACCUAAAGUUACACUUCAUUGGACUCACAUAAUCCUGACUACAAAGAUACCAUGAGGAACAAAGAGCAGACCAUUCGCAUUGAGGGCACAGGUCCCCGAAGAGCUACUCAAGUCUAGUCAUAUAUUAAAGCAAAUACAACAGGGAAUGUGUGUUUAUCCCAAGAAUGCAAGAAUGUUACAGAAAAUGAUAAAUCAUCUCCAACAAUGAAGCCAGAGUCGGGGGGGGGGUAAAUUUAGAUACCUAACAGUAUUUCCUAAAUAUUAGUUGUCAUCAACCCAGUCAAUAACAAAUUAUUUUUCAUUAAGUAUUAAAAUCAGGUACCUUCUAUUAAUGUUUCUGAAAGCUGUAGUUAUUGCAAUAAGGAAUGACAAGGCCAGUACCAAAUAAAUACAGGUAGUGUAACAAAAUUAUGAUGCGGGCUGGAGGGUUAGCUCAGUGGCACUAGUGCCUGCCUGGCAAGCACAAGGUCCUGAAUUCGAUCCCCGGUUCCACAAAAAAAAAAAAAAAAGUAUGAUUUAUAAAGGAAAGGCUUCCCAGUUUCAGAUCUCUCCCAUGCCACCUACCACACACACAGAUGCAGCUCGCUCCACAGCCCUUUUGAGAGAGAGCCCCUUCACUUGCAGAACCUUUACAUUUGGGGGUUUGGAAGCAGGGUAGUGCCCUUCUUGCUCCUAGACUGGUCUCCAUUAAUACGCCUCCGGCACACCUGAAAUGAACCUGCAUCGCAGCAUGGAAGAAGGAAACAGGCUGCCUGUGCUCAAGGCUCAGCACCACUGCCCACUGCCCGAGAGACCUGGAACAAAUAAAUGUCAGUGGUACCUUG